CACAUCAGAUGCGCUCUCCCGCUAUAACGGGACCAGUCCUGACAGCUGAUCAUUACAGCCUGCUUAACGCGGUCGGCUUUACAUUUCAACAAGAUCAUACCGCAAAUAUCUACUGAACAAGGAGACAGCUGUUUUUCAGAUGUCAGAUCGUAUGAAGAAGAGGUUUGAUGGGAAUUCAGUGGAAUUUUAGUUCCUUAAUGGUCUUUUAGUGUGUAAUAUGUGCACUAGCUGCAGCUUGUGUUUACAUUAGCUAACCCAGCCGCUACAGCAAGCUAGCAUUCCUGGCUAAUUCACCGCUGAAUGUAUUUUCAGUGUCAUUGGGAUAGUUGGUAUUGAUCUAGGUUGCUUAGCUAAGCGCGGUCAUUAAUUCUGGUGGCUGUUUAAAACUUUUCUGGACUGUUGUUGCUCCGCUGCCGAGUGCAGGAUGGGGAUGUGUCUGCCCUGCCUGGGUGGAGCUGCGGACGACGUGGUGGUGACUCCUGACCCUGAAACCAAGAGGCGACAGCUGGCAGAAGCUGCAGAGAAGCGACAGAAAGAGAGCACGCACAGAGGCGUCAAGAACCCGGAAGCCGUGGAAAGGAAAAAAAAAAAACAAGAAGAGAUGGAAAAACAGGCGAUGAGUACAUCACCAUCCGGAGGCGGGGGACUUAGGUGGCAGGUUGGAUAGUGCAGGAUGAAGAGAAGACAGCUGGUGUUCACGUAGCAGCUCAGCCCACACGAGCGGUGUUAACCAUCCCGAUGGGACGGGUGGUGUGGUUUUUAUCUUUAUUUUUCUUGAAAUCUAAGCUUUUUGGGUCUAUGUUUGUAGCGUAUAUAAACAUUUCGCCAAGCUUCCUGCAAAGGACAUCUGUUAGGAUGGAGAUCUUUGGAGCUCAUGCCUACUUCAUCAUGCCGAGAUGUGACGUGCCAACCUACAGAACCCUGACAUAACCAAAACAGCACUGUGUCUUUUAAUACACUUGUUUAUGAAUCGCUCCUGAGAAGAAACAAGACAAUUUCACCGAUUGUCCAUCAGGGUGCUCAUAAAGAAGGGUCCAUUGGAAAUGGUUAAUGAAUGGAACACUAAUACACGUUUAUAUCACCUUUUGUAAUGGUUUGAUGCACAUUCUGUUAGACACACUCGUAUGUUUUAAGAAUAUUUUGUACACUUUGCUGUGUUUUAGUUAAAGGACAGUGCAAUAUGGAUGAUCUCACGUUCUGUCAGGAUUGUACAGAAUGUUGAAGCUAAAAAUGAAUGCUGAAUUGUUCUGUUUGAUCAUUUCCAUUACAAACCCAUCUACAGAGCUAUAUUAAUACUGAAUGUUCAUAUUUUAUUACACUGGUGGUAAAUGAAGGUCACUGAUUGGUUGUGUUGUGUUGAUUUACUCGAAUGUAGGGCAGCAUAUUCCGACCUCACAGUCAGUUCGCUGGUGUGUGUAGUAAGGCUGCGUUAUAGUUCAGCUUGCUCAGCUAUAGUGAUCCUCUCUUGCGUUCCUUAUAGUGUCGUUGAAAGCCAGGCACAAAACCGAGCUGUUUUUAUAUAAACGCAAGGUUUUUAAAUGAAAUGCUUUUAAAAUAUCUUUACUACCAAAGCUCAGUGUGUUUGCUAUUUUUCCCUAAAACUUUGAAAUCCUGGCCCUCGCCAUCUGAAGGGAAUAAAGCCGCUAUGUUCGUUUAAUGAGCUUGAAUAAAUCCCUAAUCUUAAUCUCA